UAUGGAAUAGAAGUGUAGGACUACCAAGUGUGUUAUGAAGAACUUUGAUGUACCGACUUGCCACACUUUUGGAGCUGAGAGUGCUGUCGCGGUUUUGUGUACUUAAAUGCAUUCGUAUCUCUCAAAGGAACAAAGGGAAAGUUAUCUGAGAGAGCUCUUCUACUCGUCUUUUAGCGACAGGAGAGCGAGUGUAGCUAUAAGAAAUGAAGAAAUUCAGAGCCUUGGUAAACAUUUGAGGAAGCUUUACAAUCUUGUGGAGAAUGGUAAAGGACUUUCUUCAGAGGCAGAAAGCACUCUUAAGGAAGUCGUCAAGCUUCGUACGAAGGGCAGACCUGGUUUCUACGAAACAAAAAUGAUGACAGACUACAAGAGGCUUUUGCUCAUUCGCGGACAGCGAGAGGACAUGGAGAAUAGUAUUCAAGAACAGCAGUGUUUCCAGUGCAUUCACAACAACAAGAAGCCCUUAGCUGUUUUACGCGAUGACGAUUGGUACUGGGGAACCAAACAGCAGUUGAGAUGUGGAGAGAUCAUUGCAGACACACUCGGUGGCCUUGACCCAGUGUUCGGUGUUCUUUUGCAUCCUGCAGGAGGUAGGACAGAACUCGCAAACCCAAACAACAAACAUUAUCGAAUCACGGGGAAAGAGAAAGAAGAAAUAGAUGCUAUUCUGUAUCACACUGCAACUCAUGACGCCUGUGGCUACCUGAGCGAGUAUCACUAUGUGGGACCUGGAUAUAACUACCUCGGUACCAUGCUAACCGUCUUUCCGACAUGCAUUCCGCAGAGCGGAAGACUGGCUUCGCUUAUGUUCUGGAAGAAGUUGAUAAAUGAACCGGACACCCCGUUUGAGUAUUGAAAAGAGUCAAUCCAUUUUGCAUGUUUAUUGAACGUACAUUUCAGAUUACUCUCCUUCACAGCUGUUGUUUGGGAUGUCACGCAGCGUCCACCCCUGGAAAUGGACGAAUUUUGCACGAGGUGUCCUCUAUGACUGGCCUACAUGGGGUAUGGAAUGGAGAAGCCACUUCUUGAUUGGGAAGCGUUGGGGGAUAUCCUAAACAACGGCUCAAGAGGAGGCUAGUUCUAGUGAGAAUAUGAUUCAUUGUAACAAUACUAUGGAGCAAAUUUUUGAUUGAAUGUCAAAAGUUGUGGGGGAUGUUUUGCUCCGUUACCUUCAUUCUGCCAUCAGUCAGAAGACUCACGCCAGUCGCUCAACGAAUCAGAAUCAGUCACGACCAGGCCAUGAUCACUCGUGUUUUCCUUAGUGUGAAGUUAUUAACAUGUGUUUAUUCUGAGUUUUCAAUGACUUUUUGAGGUAAUUUCUUUUACUCUAAUUGAUCGAUUGAAUACCCUUGUUUUUAACCAAUCAGAGGAAACUUGACUAAUUAAGAGCGCUUGAGAGUGCUUAUGAAAUAGCAGGUGUCAUAUUCCUUUUCUCUUGCGUUUUGCAGGCGAGCUGAGGAAGCGCGACGAAAAUGGAAGAGGGGAUAGAGAGUAGAGGCUUCUUUUAAACUAAUUUUGCCGCAUAUUAAUGAUGUUUGGAGACUCAGUGUUGACGCUAA